AUGCACGGGCAACUAUGGCAUGGCCUGGCGGCCAUUGCUACCCUUGGGAGUUGCGCCCUUGCGAAUCCCCUUGUAUAUUGGGAUGUGCGAGGAAACGCAAGCAUGAACUACGAGCGCUUCAUGGCGAGAGAUACCGCUGAUUUCGAUCAGACAGACCUUUCCUUCAUCACGAGAAUGGCCGCCAUCGGCGACUCCUACUCGGCCGGAAUAGGCGCUGGUGACCGGAUUAAAACUGAUGCCGAUUGGGCUUGCAGUCGCUAUGAUCACUCCUAUCCCUAUCUCAUUCAUAACGAUCCACAACUGGGCGACCCAGCAGCACGCACUUUUCAGUUCGUGUCCUGCUCUGGUGCAGUCACAGCCGAUGUCCUCGACAAACAGAUCCCUCAAAUCAGCGGGAACCAGCAAGUCAUCUUGCUAUCAAUCGGGGGUAAUGAUGCUGAGCUCUCGAGCAUUCUAAACCAGUGCAUUUUUGGAUGGGCCGCCCUGGCCCCAGAGGCAGUGAAGAUGGCAAAGGAAGCGGCUGUGAAAAACGCGGACUUGUUUCCAUGGGCGGCGGAUUUCGACUGGGACUCGUUAGCUCAUGGCUGUGAGAACCAGUUGGAUCGCACCAGAGACAUCAUUGCUGGGGCUGCCUUCAGCAAAAGCUUGGAUUCUGUUAUUGCAGCAGCAAGGGGAAAGCUAAGUCCAGAGUAUGCCAAGUUCUUUGCAGAAGAUCUAUCAUCGGCGUGUGAUAAUGUUAGCUGGUCAACCUUUAUAUAUAAAAUAACCAGCCUCUUUCAGGGCGCGCAGAAAUUGACGAGCGCUCAUCGGAAGAUAAUGAACGACCUUGUCGAUGCCGCCAACGCGCAAAUUUCGGCUGCAGUCAAGAGAGCCGGUUCCCAGGUCAAGUUUGUAGACUACGACUCUUACGUAGGCUCUUUCAAUGGCCGCUUUUGUGAAAACGGCGUCGACGAAUCAACAGUCCAAAGCAACACAAGAACCGGUCUCAUGUUCUACGAGCUGAAUACGAAGGAUCCCUUGGGCCUAAAUCCCUGGAAACGGAGCGACAAUCAGCCAUUCGAAGGAACUUUUGAGGGGACCGUGAACGAAUUCGCGCAGAUUACACGUCUAAUAGAUCCAGAUGCCAAGUUCUUAGAGCAGACUUUGAUCUCCGACACUUCUACUGCCUCUAUUGCCACCUCUAAUGUGGUACUACUCAGCAGUGCCAGUGUUCUUGGUCUGAGAAUUCCAAAUUUACUUCCAGACGGAUACGGGCGUGUUUUCCAUCCCCAGAUAUUGCUGCACGAGCUCAUUGCCUCGCUGAUCAUCUACGAAAUGGUCAAUAAGAACGAGCAAGAUCAUGGGUUUCCAGAAAUCCCGGAGACGUUCACCUUCGGCUCGUGCCCCAACUAUGGGAAUAAUAAUGGGGCUGGAGACGGCCAACAAAUCGCCUUAGCAUCGUACGUCAAUCCGCUCGCUGACCCAGUCGCUUGGGAUCGCAUGAUUGCCUACCCAUCAAGCAAGGUGAGCGUCCUGGUCGCCAACGUCCUCAACGGCCCGGACACGACGGUAAAUGAGGAUUGGGCAAAGGUCAUCGACCGGGCCCAUACAUCGGGAAAACGGAUCCUUGGCUAUGUGCGGACAGGGUAUCUAGGUCAAAGCCAGCAGGCCUUCGAGACCCGGCUUGGUUCGACCGACCUUGCCGACUGGGUCUCGCAGAUCCAAACCGACGUCGACUUGUGGUACCAGUUGUAUCCCGGCAAGAUCGGCGGGAUCUUCUUCGACGAGGGCUGGAACGACUGUGGGCCAGACAAUCUGUAUGCAGAUUUGUAUCGUUUUAUUACCGAUGCUACGAAGCGAAAGCACCCCGGAGCCUUUACCGUGCUCAAUCCCGGUGCUACCAUGCCUCAGUGCUUUGAGCAUAGCGCCGACACCCUCAUGACGUUUGAGCAGAGCUACGACACCUACAUGAACAACUACGUCCCCAAUCCUGGCUGGACACCCAAGGACCCGCGCAAGCUCUGGCAUAUUAUCUACGGCGUACCAGAGGCGGACGCGGGAAAGGUUGCCGCGCUGGCCCUAAAGCGCGGAGCCGGCCUUGUCCACAUUACGAACGACCUCCUCCCCAAUCCGUACGACACCCUACCCGAUGAAGCCUAUAUGAAAGCCAUUACGGACACAAUCAAGGGUGGCGGACCGGAUGUUGCAGAUCCCACCCCGUAUCCAGCCGACGGGCAUGCUGCGUUUCCGCCGGGCCCAUUAUCAGUGACCGCCUCUGACUAUUCCUCCGUGAGCCUCAAGUGGGAUAUCUCUAACAGAGAGGCCCCACACGCGUACGCGGUCUACCGCGAUGGGAACGAAGUUGCUCACCUCCCGGGGACAAUGUCCCGGGUGACAAUCGGCAACAUCAGCCCAGGAUCCUCCAUGUCCUUCACCGUACGGGCUAUCGGGACAGACGGAAAGGAGACCGGAGAUUCGAAUUCCGUGUCUGCUACUACCCAGAGCCUGCCCAAUAACCAGGCCGUAACGAAUGUCAGAGUCGGCAAAUCAGCCACCUCCACCACCAUCCAGGCCGAUUUCCUUGUCCCGUACGCCUUUAUGCGCGUCUAUCUUACAGACCCGGACACGCGCUGUCAAAUGCCGGCAUGGCCAAUCAACUACAACACCGGGAACUUCAUAUGCACUCACUACAUGGUCGAGAAUGAGGUCCUGUACGAGUAUAGCGGCGCCAACCUAACAGAAGGACAAACCAACUACCCCUGGGCGUGGUCCUCGAAAGGCGCCGCCCCAGUCAAACGCGACGGCUAUACCUUCACGUGGACUCUCCCCGUUGGCACCGACACCACAGACUCUAGCUAUUUCUCCGUCCAGGCUCAGGGCUACGGGCCGCUGACGAAUGUCUUCCACCCGUGCCCGAGCGAAUGGGACGACGGCAAGCCGGGUGCCGGGGCCUUCUGCACCGGGUCGUCGCCAUACGACUGCAAAGGCGAGACGCUCUGCAGUACCACCAACGUCAAGUGGUGCGACAAGGCAGUCAACCAGAUGAACCGCGGCCAAACGAUCUACACGUCCAAUGCAGAGGCGCUCGCUCUGUCCGGGAACUGCUGGGCAAACAACGCCGGGUUCGGAUGCUCGGUGAAAAUCCGAGGCACGGAUCAGAAUGGGAAAAACUGUAAGAUCACCGGCGACGAGAUGUGGCAGGCUUACCAGGAUAUUCGCAAUAUUGGGGGCUGUGGGAAGUGCGGGACCAAGCAUUUUGGGAAUGGAUGUAUGGUCAGCGUCGACUAUUACUAUGGCUGUGAUAACCGGGAUAAGGGCGUGCAGUUUAUGGCGGAUUUCGCUGAGGGUAAUCUAACGGACUCUAUGUAG